GGCGUGUGUUCCCGGUUGCGUCCGCCGCCCCUGGCCGCGACACAGCCCAGGCCUCGCGGUGCGGGGUGCUCUUAAGGCAGCAGCCCCCGACGAGGAGGCCUUGAUCAGGCGAGGUCCGCGAUGUCGCCCCUGGGCCGGUGAGUGGGCGCGAUGGCCUAGCGCGCGGCUCGCUCGCGGCCAUGACGUCGCGGCAGCGCUCCACUGCAGUCGCCUCAGCGUCCACACCCGUCCGCGCCGACAGCUCGGAGGAGCCCCAGGUUCGCAGCAAGGGCGCUAGACACAAGCACAAGCGGUCCGCCGGCGGCAGCCUCAGCGACAGCUCCGGCAGCGUGGUUCGUCAGGAGUCGUCGCCCACUUUGACGCUCAUUUCGUCAAAGGGCUCGGCCGACUCCAACUACUCGCAGCCGUCGUCUGACUUGUCGCUGGACGAGGAGAAAGAGGCCCUGAGACGCGAGAAGGAGAAGCAGGCUCUCAGUCAGCUGGACAAGGCUCGGACCAAGCCGGUGGCCUUCGCGGUCAGGACCAACGUCAGCUACGACGGCUCCGUGGACGACGACUCCCCCGUGCACGGCAGCGCGGUGUCCUUCGAUGUGCGCGACUUCCUGCACAUCAAGGAGAAGUACGACAACAACUGGUGGAUCGGGCGCCUCGUGAAGGAGGGCUGCGACGUGGGCUUCAUCCCCUCGCCCGCCAAGCUGGAGAGCCUGAGGCUGCAGCAGACACAAGCCCGUAAUUCCAAGCUUUACUCCUCGAAGACGUCUUCGUCCAGUAACCUAGGUGGGGUAGUCAACGAUGUGCUGGCCGCUAGGGGCGCCGGCUCCCGCGGCUCCACCCCUCCCACCCCCGGUGAGGACUCGGACUCGAUGGGCGGCGUGAGGCUCGGCAAGGCCACGCUGGCGACGCCGCCGGCCAAGGAGAAGCGGAAGCCGUUCUUCAAAAAGCAGGAGGCGAUGGCGCCCUAUGACGUGGUGCCGUCCAUGCGGCCAGUGGUGCUAGUGGGUCCCUCGCUCAAGGGCUACGAGGUCACCGACAUGAUGCAGAAGGCGCUCUUCGACUUCCUCAAACACCGCUUCGAGGGAAAGAUCAUCAUCACACGGGUCAUGGCUGACAUAUCGCUGGCGAAGCGGUCGCUGCUGAACAACCCAUCGAAGCGCGCCAUCAUGGAGCGGUCCAACUCGCGCUCCACGUGCCUGGCCGAGGUGCAGAUGGAGAUAGAGCGCAUCUUCGAGCUGGCGAGGACACUGCAGCUGGUGGUGCUCGACUGCGACACCAUCAACCACCCAUCGCAGCUUGCCAAGACCUCGCUCGCGCCCACCAUCGUCUAUCUCAAGAUCUCCUCCCCCAAGGUGCUGCAGCGUCUGAUCAAGUCGCGCGGCAAGUCGCAGGCGCGCCACCUCAACGUGCAGAUGGUGGCGGCGGAGAAGUUGGCGCAGUGUCCCCCGGAGAUGUUCGACGUGAUCCUGGACGAGAACCAGCUGGAGGACGCGUGCGAGCACAUAGCUGAGUACCUGGAGGCGUACUGGCGAGCCACUCACCCCCCUGCGAUGCCAUCGAGCGCGGUGCCCCAGUUGGUACCGCGACCUCUGCCGCCCCAGCAGGUGUCACCCCAGGCUUCGCCAUCGGGCGAGAUGUCGGGCCACGCUGCCAACUCCACUCCGCCAGGGCUGCAUCACGACGGAUAUGGCUACUCGCAUGACUCCAGAGCGCCGUCGAUGUACCACUCGCAGCACGCCCGCGGCCGCUCGCGCCUGGAGCGGGACCGCGAGUACGAGCUCUGCGCCGGCGCGACCCAGCGGGACGCCCACGUGCACUACCGCGGCGGGGAAGAGCACUACCACCCGCCGCACCGGGGCCCCGCGCGGGACGUGUCUCCCCACAGGGCGUCGUCCCGCCGCGUGCUCAACGCCAUCUAGCAGCGACGGGCGUCGCGAGACUCGUGAAGCAGCGCUCCCGCCAACCGAGGGUACACAGUGCGAAGAGUGCGUUUGUUCCUUGAAAAAAAAAAAAAACUCGUCAGAACUCGUAAGAGAUGACAUUUCCUAAAAAAAAAAAAAAAAUUAAUUAUCGUAGUCACAAUGAAUUAACACAUGACCAUCUCUCCUUACCUUGCCGCGCCUUUUUUUUUUUUUUCCGAAAACCAAUUUUCCAUGAGUAGCACGUUUAUGAUUUAACAAGACGUGAGCCGGGAAAAAAAUAUGACGGCGGGCUAAAAAAAAAAGCAGAUGUUGUUAAAAGUUCAUAAAAUAUUAUAUAAUAUGUAGCUUGAAUCAACUUUAUUCUAAAGUUUUUAUUUCAGUAUACCUUGCAAAGCAAAUCUGUUUCGAGCUGAUGUUAUUUUUAUAUGAGUAGAUUGAGAUUCUCUGUGAAGGGCAUCUUAGUUUAUAAUAAUCAAAAACGAUGAAAAUAAUUUGAACACGAGUCCUAAGGCACUUAAUCCUCUACCAUCCAGCCAUUCCGCAAGUAAUGUUUCACCAUUUGGAAACAUAGAGUAGGGUAAAUACAUAUUUGUAAAUUGUAUUCUAUUUUUUGUAUAUAAUGUUGCACUUGUACAUUUAAAUGUUGAAUCCUCCAAAAGUUCUGUGAACAUGUAAGAUAAUGCUAAACUUUGUUACAUGGUAUUACAUUUUUAUUUUAUUUUGCAUAGUAACUAUAGUAGUGAAUUACAAGGCACAGGGUUACCACUGAAAAAUGAUAAUUCUGUCUCUGUUCAAUGUGUGUGUGAUGCCUCCAACAGGUAACCUAUGCACGUAUACAGAAGUGGUCUGAUACUGCUUAAAAGCCACAAGUCUAACAACUGACUAGCCAACCUAUCACAGAAGCUACAUAGACUUUUUGCAACAAAAAAAAAUUAUUCUUUACUAAUAAAGGAAUGUAAUUACAUCAUGUUUACAAACCACUGAAUUUUUUAACAGCAUUCAGUCACAUCAACGAAAAUAAUUUAUGAUGUAAAAUGUAAUGUUAAUCUUAUUAUGUUCCUUAAAUACUGAAAUUGUAUAAUUCUCUUCUUCAAAGCCUGCAAUACUUAGAAAUAGUCAAAAAUUUUAUCAAUGCAGGGCUCUGAACAGUCAAAUUAAUUAUAUUUAUUUAAAUGAAAUAUUUAUAAUGUUAAAUGCUCCUGCCAUUUGUAAAAUGAAACUUAAAAAUACACAGUGGUGUACAUACUGCAUGCUGAAGAUAAAAAUGAUUGUUGUAUUGUAGGGCCAGCAAUUAACACCAUAACUCAGUGAUGGGCACCAUAGAAUAAAAACUGGUGGGUAUAGUUUAUUAUAAACAAUAUUUUUUGUAUUACUUUCAGCUCUGAAUAUUUUAUAUGUAGAAUAUAUUGAAAAGAUCUUUGGUCAUUAGACUAAUUUUAAAAAAUAUUACUACUAUUUCAGUCUACACCCUUAUCAUGAUAUACACGUUGCGUACUAUGUCAUUUUCCUUAUGUAAACACUGAGCCAAUAAUUAUAGUUUCAAUUUUUUUUUUUUUUAAUUUAUUAAUUGGAACAGUUUUCAGACCUAUUCAUUUGUGACUACUAACACAGUUGAAGCUCAGAGCGAAUGAAAAGUUAUUUGAUUAAAAUUGAAUUAUUCAAUACUACAGAACAAAUAAUGAUUGAUUUUUUAAUAGUAGAAAUUAGUCGAUGGUGCCCAACACUACCCUAACUGCACAUUUGGACUAAACUGUUUUUAUUCCUCAGUUGUUUUUGCCUGUUGUUACAAGUAGGUACUGACCAACAAUACAGCACUACGGUAUUUUAUCCGCAGCUUGAUCCUUUGUUUUCACUGUUAAAAGUUGGCAAAAUGUUAAAUAAGUUGAAAAGCCCAGGUUUAUCGUCAAUAUUUUAUGUGUAGGUUUGCGUCAGCUGCUUAGGGCUUUCUCGCUACAAGCAUGUUGAACCAGCAUGCUCGCCAAACUUAACAAUAGAGGCUUUAAUAACUGAAUGGUUAAUUGCAGUCUUCGAGUUUCGUAAUUCUCUGCUCUCUCAUUUCCUGUCAAAUGCUGUGCGCCUGUGUUCCAGAGUGAUAUGCACAUACUCAUUAUUCAGGGAAUGUGAAUAUGCUUCAGGGUCAAUAAUACAUGCUGUACAUUUUUGCAGAGGAUAGCAAUUUUCAAAGCAUUUUCAAACAUUUUCAAACUUUUGUAACUAAAGUUCAAAAUGACAGGUUGGCUGAAAUAUUCUGACACUUACAAAGUACCUUUCAUAAUGUGAACUUAAACAAAUAUUCACAAAGAAAUGUCCAAUAAAACAGUGUCUUUUUUAACAGUGUACAAAUAUAUAUGUUUAUUAUCUUGAAAUUUUUUCUUACAUACAAAAAUGUGUUUCACAUCUCAUUUUUUUAACAAGGUUUGGUAGAUGCUACAAAAAUGUGUUGCACAUUCUGUGCUUCUCUCCCAAAGAUGGAUUCCCGUCUCGAGUACACCAGCCUGUCGGAUUGCACAGUAACAUUUCGACUUUGACUUUAGCAUGGACACCCUUUACUUGACAGCUUGGUGUUGCUGCCCAGUCAGAUGAAACUGGGUUCUGGAGUUAACUUGGCAGUAAAACUGAUACUCAAAUUUAAACAAUUUUAUUCAAUGCCCGGUUCAUAAAAGGGUGCAUGUACUCAUGUUUGCGUGUUAGAAGUUAUACUUCUUUGGCAUGAUUAAAAAUUUUCAAAGCAUAUUGUUUCAUCGAAAUGAAGAAACAGCAUAGCAUUCGUCAUAUUAAAGAGAACCAACAAAUUGUUUAAUAUGAUUGACGCCCUGCACGCUGUAAUACAAUUUUCUUGGCUAACAAACUACAACGCUACAAGUAAAACUGAUUGAAAUAAAAUUGCAGAAACAGUGUUUGCUGAUGUCAGCAUUGAAAAAAAUUGGUAGUCGUAAUUUUGUUAAGUUAAAUGCUAAAGAUAUAUAUGAGCUUAUGUUAUGCAAUUUGUUUGAUGCAUUAUUAUUAUAUAUUUUUUUAAUAAAUCAUAUGCUACAUUGUAUAUCUCCUGUUAAAUUUUUGUUCUAUGGAUGCAUGCACUUUUUAUUUGUGCACUAAAAUUUCAUCCCAAUAUGCCGAAAGAAGAAUAAUUUCAAACCUUAGUUAUUAACUAUGGAAUUAAGGUAGAAACAAAGUGAGUGGUCAAUGCAUGUAAUUGAAUUUACAGAAUUUUAUUCUUCAGUGUGUAUUUUCUCCACUGACAAGAUCAAACAUAAUCUCUUAUUAACAUCUUGCAGGCAAGUCAUUUGAACUAUAUUAAUGGAUGAUGGGUAAUAUUCUGGUAAUGUUAUUGGCAUUUUACCUUAUUGUUACUGUCAAUGUAUGUCUGUUUAGUCUUUGAUGUGGUUACAGUAUUUGAAAUGAAAUAUCAUUAUUAUGCACCAUGCUAAAUGAGUAACCUCUAAUUUUUGACAUUUACAAGCGUUAUUGGUACACCAUUUUUCUACUGAAACUGAUGCUUAUGUACAUACAAAUCUUCAAAGCUUGUGAUUCAUGGCAGUGGAAGAGAAUGUAUUUAUAUUUUUUCAAAGUUAUAGUGUAUUUGCAUCUGAGCUUGUCACCCUGGUGACAGUGUUGAAGUGUAUAUCUUAAAACUGUUUCAGGUGGAAAUACAACCAAUUAUAGAACCAAACGAGAUUGCUACCUAGCAAUCGACAAGAACUUUCAUUAGUUUCUUGUGCGCGAAUUUCCAAUUGCAAACAAUGAACCAACCUGUUAUAAAUAUUUGUAAAUAAAAGUAAAUCUUUUUAUUGAUCACA